AUGUUGGCACGCAUGGUUGGCGUGGUUUUGGUUUCUGCUCUGAGUGUGAAGUCCAAGUUCGAUUACUAUUUGAACUUCAAGUCACCGUGCCCUAAUAUUAUUUUGCCUGUCAAAGAAGAACCCAUGGACCAAAUUGAAGAGUCUACAUUGAAUUCAUUUAUUAAGCAAGGACCUAAUGAUCAUGCAAAGGAUCAAGAAGACAAUGAGCCCUACCUCUCGGGUAGAGAAGUGAAAGAGGAUGAUAAUGAAGAGGAGGAACUUGUGUUCCCAGUCAGAGUGUUUCUGGUUGAACAGGAGGACGAGGACCCUUUAACAACAUGGAGUAAACAUUUUAAUAGGAAAACUGAAUGGUCAGCAGGGGAAGAACGUGACUCAACAGGCAAUUCAGUGGAAUCAAACAAAAACUCUGUCCGUGUCAAGACCUUUACACAAAGUGGGCAUGAAAUGACUAACGUGCAGGAACUUCCCGAAAGUGAUUUUGAGUGUGCCGUAUGUCACAAAGGGUUCAAGGUCAGAGCAAAGUUGGUGAAGCACAUCCGAAUCCACAAGCGCCCCCAUGAAUGCUCCGUCUGCCAAAAGACCUUCUCGAAGAGAGAUCACUUAGUUACCCACAUGCGGAUCCACAGUGGUGAACGCCCUCACGCAUGCUCCGUCUGUCAAAAGAGCUUUUUGACGAAAGGGAACUUAGUCAAACACGCGCGGAUCCACAGCGGUGAACGCCCUUAUGAAUGCUCUGUCUGCCCAAAGAGCUUUGCGGAGAGAGGCGCCUUGGUUACUCACACGCGGGUCCACAGCGGGGAACGCCCUCACGAAUGCUCCGUGUGCCAAAAGAGUUUUGUAGAUAGAGGUACUUUGAAUCGCCACAUGCGGAUCCACACCGGGGAACGACCUUAUGAAUGUCCAUAA